CAAAACAAAAUAUGGGGAAGCUACAACUAAUAUUAAUGGCUUGCUUUACAGUAAUAGCUAUGCCAAUGGUCAAUAGCAUUUUUCAAGAUUCCAGAGAAAUUGAUCAAUGGAUUCAUGAGCUCACUCAUGCUAAGCAGAAAGUGACUCAUCUCCAUUUCUACUUCCAUGACACAUUUUCAGGCCCAAGCCCAACUGCCAUAGUGAUAGCCCGGUCCAAUAUGACAGAUAAGUCUCCAACCUUAUUCGGCCUAACGACCAUGAUUGAUGACCCACUUACCGAAGGGCCUGAACUGGACUCCAAAGAAGUGGGCCGGGCUCAAGGGUUCUACGGAUCAUCCGGUCAGAAAACCGUCGGUCUUCUCAUGGCCACGACCCUAGUUUUCACAGGUAAAGAGUAUAAUGGCAGUACUCUUACGGUUUUGGGCCGAAAUCCGGCACUAGAACCCCACCGUGAGUUACCGAUCGUCGGCGGGACUGGAGUUUUUCGAUUGGCACGUGGAUUUGCUAUGCUAAAAACAUAUUCUUUUAACUCAACUACUGGUGAUGCCAUAGUUGAAUAUCAUGUUACAGUUAUACAUUAUUGAGAGAUGAUGUGAUGAUCUUUAUUUUCUUCUCACUCUCUCUAUAUAUAUAUAUAUA